UGUGCUCUAUUUGGGUUUGUGUAUAUGCAAAUGAACAAAUAUGGUGACUGCAUCGAAUUUUGUGGAGGUUUACCCCAGGAAGCCUCGGGACUCGUGGCAGUCUGUAUACCGUCGUACAGGAGGAAUUGCAGCAACUGUAUGUUCUUCGAUAACUUGUGUCCAGAAGUGAAGGAAUGCAGCACAGAGAUAACAGCUGAUGGACGAUGCCGUGUCUGUCCAGGUGAGGUAUGUGCUUACGACAAGAAAGGCUACUUCCCGGGAGAAGAAUUGAACUCUUUGGAUGAAAAAAACAAAUGCUUAUGCAACAAGGAUGGGAGUAUAACCUGCAGUCAUACGGAACCGGUGCUUAUGUCUGAACUAUGCAACUUAUAA